AUGCUCACUCGGAGCUCACACUUCGCGGUGGCGGCUCUGCUCGUCGGCGCGUCGCAUGCUCAACUCGACCAACUCUCCCAAGCCGCGAUCAAGGACCCGGCGAAGGAGUGCACGGCAUGUGAGUGACCUAGGAAGAUUUAUAAUUUUCAAAUCUUCUUUCUCUCAAUGUUAGAAGAGCGUGAGCGGCUUCCUAUCGUGGUCCAGACCCGGGCUCAUGCGCCGCCGCCUCAGCCGAGUACGGCCCACGGCUUCGGAGUUCAACGUUCAACCUCGACCGGACUCCUUGGAGAUCCGCCAUCAUGGAGGAUGUAGCUACGACGCUCCGAAUAGUAGUACUGUCAUGAACGCAAACUGAACAGCGAAUGUUUCCUUUCCUCCCGCCCGCCCCGACUUAUGCGCCCCUUUCAAGACACCUAUGCGCCCCUGGCCGCGUUCCAAAGCUCUUACCCAACCAUAUGGAAGAUCGCCGAUCUACAACAUGCGUCAGUUCCUCGGGACCGAACAAUGACCACAGAAACCGCAUCAACUAACACGUAUAUCUCACUUAUCGUAGGGGUGUGACGGAUUCGGCCAAAAACUUAUUCGCGACCGUUUCGGCGGGCUUACCCUCGAUCGCGCCUCGAGGCACCACCGACGGCGAUUGGAGCAACGUCAAGUAUUCGACGACGGACGAUCCUGAUUGUUGGGUGAGUCCGGGUUUGAUCAUUCUUUUGAGAUGUGGUGGAAUUUUGUGUUGAGCGAUCACGAUGAUCAAUCGCGGUGGUCUCGGAGCUGUGGGGUUCGGAUUAAAGGAGUCGGUUCUCCGAACGCCAUCGGGCGAACGACACCUCUCCUUUAGAACCCUAUGAGAUCGACAACGACGUUCUCACUGGACUGUUCAAGCUUCAAGACAUUGCAGUUCAAGGAGCUGAAGCUUGCUUUGGUUUCUCGUCCGGUUUCCUGGAUUAGUGGACGAGUACGCUAUGUACGACACCCAAACUGUUGAGCCUCCCACCCGACGUCACGCAUUGCGAGCAGCCUGCUGCGUUAGGCUAUACGCUCGAUGAUGGUGAGUCAAAGGGAAGCAGAGCUUGACAGAGGUCUUGGUUGGGAUGCUUACUUUGAUUUUUAACAUAUCUCGCAGGACCUAAUUGUAGUCAUAACGCUGUCAGUAUGACUCGACGGAGCGAAGCUCCAGCUGCAUCCUCGCGCGGGCGUCGUACGACCCGAGACUGAGACCCAUCCGAGUUGUGGUCCGUCGUCGUCCUACAGUACUACGACUACCUGAAUGAUCAGAAGCAAAAGGCAACCUUGUUCUAUGUCGGCUCGAACGUUAUGAAUUGGCCACUGCAAGCACAACGAGGCUUGGCCGAUGGUCAUGAGUAAGUCCCCCAAUCGGCUGCUCUAUCUCCCUUCCCCCCCUCAGAUCGGAACCCGAUCAAGAUCGCAUCCCUGACGACUUCCUUUCCGUGUCCUAAAGGAUCUGUGCCCAUUCGUGGAGUCAUCGUUACAUGACCUCCUUAUCGAACGAACAGGCCUUCGCCGAGAUUUACUAUUCGAAGAAGAUCAUCAAGGACGUAUUGGGGAUCACCGUGCAGUGUUUCCGACCUCCUUUCGGUGACACCGAUGAUCGAAUUCGUUCGAUCACGCACGCGUUAGGGAUGCGAACGAUCUUGUACGUCGAAUACUAUAAAGAGUGUUCUUUUGUGAUUUGAUCAGUAUUGAUGGAGGAGUGCGUUUUGAACGUUCAGGUGGAGUUAUGAUACGGUGGAUUGGCAAGUCGAUCAAUCGGGUAAUGCCGAGGUCGAUCACAACUAUCAAACCUUGAUCUCAAAGGCGACCGAUCAACAAGGGCAGAUCAACCUCGCCCAUGAGCUGUGAGUGCGGAGCGUUAUCGAUCGUUUUUGAGAGUUCGCACAAAGUUUUAAAAACGUGCUGAUUCGAUUUCUCUGUGUUCUCGCUGUUCAAAGCAAUACGGCAACAAUGAACCUCUCCCAGACUUGGUUGCCGGCUUUGCAAAAGGCUUACACAGGCGGAGUGAUGCCUGUAAGUCCCUAUGGCCUCACCAAAAGCCCUUUGAAACUAAACUGAACGAAUACCCAUGACGCCGUAUAGAUCACCGUCUGCCAAGGUAACGCACAACCUUACCUCGAAACCUCGGCGACGUUCCCUUCGUACGACCAGUGGCAGAAAGGGGUGAGGGAAGCGACGAUCCCUGCCGCUUCGCCCGCGACUUCGGCCGACGAUGGGAUCUCUUGGGCAUUCUCGAAUGGUGGUGGAUCGGGAUCGGGAGGGAAUGGGAUUGGGAGUGCGAGUGCGAAUGGGGGUGGGGUUGGGGGUGGGAUCGGGGGAGGGAACGGUAGUGCGCUGACGGGGACGGAGACGCCGGUGCAGGGAGCGAGCCAUGACGAUACUUCCGAUGGCUCUUCGGGUUCGUCAAAUGGGGAUGAUUUCUCUGAAAUAAAUGGGGACGGUGGCGAUAGGGAUGGUGGCGAUGGGAACGACGCUUUUGACGGUAAUGAUGACGGCGAUGACGAUGAUGGUGAUACUUCAGUUUCGAGCAACACCACGAUGAUGACAGGUCAAGGCGAUUCGGGAUCGUCAACGACGGGUACGAUGACGGGUACAAUGACGAACGGGACUUCGUCGCCCAAUUCAGGGAUCAGCAAAUUCGGAGGCAGCUCGAGCACGGUCAACAACUCGACCUUGACGUCCGCAGCAAAGUUGGUUGCAGCCGCGACGAGGGACAUAGGAGAGGGUGCAUUGGUUAUGAGAUGUGUGCUCGCCGUUAUGGUGGCCUUGGCUACCGUGAUCGCGUUUUACCUCUAG